UCUCGUUUAUCUAUACAAUACAAAAGUAAAUAAACAUAAAUUUCGUCAAAUUUUUUUCGUUUCAGUAGUGAAAAAAGUAUGUUGAAUUGAUCAUUAUUAAUCAGAGACACUGAUUAUUAUAAUGAAUAUUCUUCCCAAAAAAAGCUGGCAUGUUCGCACUAAGGACAAUAUUGCCCGAGUGCGACGCGAUGAAGCCAAAGCAGCCGAGGAAGAAAAGGAACGCCAACGAAGGAUUGAUCUUGCUGACCAAGAAGCAAAAAUAAAUUUCCUUAGGCAGAAGGCACGAUCAGGAAAAUCUGUAACGGAAUCAACUUAUGUUCCAAGCGAAUUAGAAGUGAGAGUCAAUAGAAAGGAGCAUGUAAAUUUUUUCGAAGAUUUAGAAACAGGGAAAGAUGAUGGAGUCAAGCGAAAGAAUGUAGAUCAUGAACAGGAGAAAAAGGAAGAGCAGGAAAAGUAUGAAAAGCAGAUUGGCUAUCUCACAUACUUAGGCCAGGAUACAAACGAAGCUUUGGGAAAACGGGAUUGGUACGAUACGGCUCCACAGAGGAGCGAUGUGUUAGAUAAGGAUGGGAAACGCGUAGAGAUUGGUCUAAAAACGAAGUCUUUCAAUGACCCACUGAAUGUAAUGCGCCGAUAUCUUCCGGAGAAAUCAUUGCCUUCUAUUCCGAAUCCGAAUUUAACUAAGAAAGAUGAAGUUGUUUCAAGCUCUUCAUCGUCCAAAAAAUUGCAGUACCAAUCACUGAUCGAUCCAACUAUAGAUCGUUCGAAGAAACGUCGUAGAUGUGAAUCCUCGCACAGCAGAAGUGAAUCUGAACAAAAGAAAAGGAAAAAGCAUAAGAAACACAAGAAAAAACAUAAAAAACGAAAAUCUAAUAAGGAAGAACAAUCAUCCGAUGAAGAAGAAAGGUGCACAAAAAAGGCGAAAUUGGAUAUGUUACGCAAAGAAAGAUUAAUUCGAGAGCAAGAAGAGAAGAUUCGAGCGGAGAAAUUAUUAUCGAAAAUUAGAGGCGACACUGUAUCGCUUCCUCCGAAGCAACAGAAAGCACCGGAACCGGCUAUAAAACAAAAAUAUAACUCUCAGUUUAAUCCAGAAAUAGCUAAACAGAAUUAUGAAUGAAACAGUUUCACUAAUUACAUCCAAACACUAAGAAGUUGAUGUA